UCAAAAAUAUAUAAUGAAUAUAUAAAUACAAAUAUCAUUUUACAUUUUAUUAAAAUUGGAAAUAUUGAAAAUGCCGUUCGACAGAAUAAAGUCUGUAUUAUUGCCUGGAGGAUUUGAUUUAAAGAAAGAAACGGAGAACGGGUUAGUUACAAAGUGCUUCAAAAGAAACGGGAAGUCGGAGAUUUUUAAAGUAGGUCGUAGUUCUUUUUUCAGGUGAAGAACCUUGUACCCUGUCACCUUCGAUUACGAUUGCUCGUAAUCGGAUAAUUAACAACGGAUUAGACCGCGUCGUUUCACCUACUUUUCCUCGCACGGAACAGGGACCUUGGUUGUCGAUUAAGGUGCUUGUUUGUUCACGAAUUUUAAAUAGACGCGUCGUUCCAUUUCUUCGUGCCAAAUAGAAUUCCUUUUAAAGUUUUGAGAGAAAUCUAGAUCAAUUCCGAUAUUACGUUAAUAGGUAUUACGGAUAUUUACGAUAUAUCUGUACUGCUAAAAAGUCAAACAUAGGAGAUAUGAAAAAAUAGGACGUAAAAAGGAUAUUAAAAAUAACAAGUUUUGCGUUUCUUUUCUCCCGAAUCUCGUCUCUCGUAAUUGUAAGAUCGAAUCCACGCAAAGAAUCCUAUUCCCUGUCCAAAACAUGAGAAUAAAAAUUCGUACUCUUCGGAAUACUGAAAUUCCACUCUUCAAAAACAUUGUGUUCCUUGUAAAUCUCAUUUUCUUCUUAAUCGAAUCCUUGAAGCAAAAAAAUUGCUGUUCUUCGCGCCAAAGCUAAAGCAAAAAUUCGUACCCUAAAGAGCAGCUUAAUACAAUAUUAUUCAUCGAAACCAGAUUACAAUCGGAUACACCAAGCGGUCACGCGAUAAGAACAACCUGUACCUCGAGAACGAGAAAGUAUGACUCAGGAACGCGUAAUCGUCAACGAGGACAUCGACACGAAUUCCCGGAAAUGGGUUACCUUUUCGUCCGGCUAAAGAAUCACUCGCUGUCGUCUUCGAUCAUCUACGAAAAGGGACGCCUCCCCUCUCUCUCGUCGAGAAACAAGAGACCCCGGACUGUCAAUUAAACCAUACGUGCGCCGCUUAAAUGGCUGCAGACCUCAACGCGACUGAACGUGUAAUACGUUUAGAAGGGGGAGGGCCCGAAGUAUGGCUUCCGUGGUGGUCACUGUCGUGUGCAGUGCGCGUCAGCUGCUCCCCAAAGCGCACCGGUCACGAAACUCCUAUAGCCACCGAAAAUAAGCGGCUCAGUCAGCCUUUUCGACUUCGCUUAAAAACUUUCUACGGAUAUGCGGCUGCCUUUCGUAGCGGAUACGUGAAUUUAACAGUGGUGGAGAUAGUUUGGUGAGAGAUGAGUCGAGAGUAAGUUGUUUGGGGAGAUUCGAUAGGUUGAUUUUUGACAAGUGAAAAAGGAGGGUCCCACUAAGCAUUUGUUUAUUAUGAUCGUAUACUGGAAAAAGGAACCACUGAGGGUACUGUGAGUAAAUUCAAGACAACAAAUGGGUAUUCCAAUUAAAGUCCAGUGAAUCUUUCUGAUUAUCGAUGGCGUAACCUUACAAGUAACGAUAAGCCGAUAGUAGAGGGUAAAUCGCUAUCGGACCUAUCACGAGAGAAAGCAUUAUUUUCAUUUCGCAUAUUAAUAAAAUCUCAAGUUUGAACUCCAAGGGACAAGGAAGACACGAAAAGCGUUAUAAUUACAAAGGAGAUAAUUACAGAAGUAAACAUAAAUUUUCAAGAUCAAAGAUAGGAGAUCCAUACAGAAGUUUUCAUGGAUCUGAUAAAUGUCAUCCUUAUAACAGAAACCGAUAAAUCUUCCAAUGUGUAUAUGAAUUUCGAGAAAAGCAAAAAGAAGCGAAGGGGACCAUAAUUAAAUUAAAUUCCACAGAUCAAAGAGAAAAGAAGAACAUCCAUAAUUUAUUCCGAUAAGAACUUUAAUCGACAUUAAAUUCUUCAAACUUUAGGGACCAACAAAUCUUCAAGUUUCAACUUCAAGCUAUAAGAAUUGAGAAAUCAGGAAGAAACACCCAAGAAAUAUUCUAUCGACAAUGUUUUAUCACCUGGAGCAUCUACAGCAAAAAGUGAUGCACCUCCUGGACUCGUUGAAAUAGAAAAAGAAACGUUGAGUGGUUCGCGAAAUAGGAAAAAAUAUCAAUUUAUAUCAGAGGAGAAGGUGUACGAAGCCGAGUUAUUCCGAAAUGCUGAUGACGAUAAUCGUAAAGAAACGUGUUCCACAGCGAUUGUUAUCCUCGGAGUGGCGCUUAUCACGCGAUUUGAUGGAUCCGAUCAUGGAAAGGCCUCAUCGCGAUAAGUAACACGUGCUGCGUGUCCCGUCGCCAUUUUCAUCGAGGAUCCCCCCGUUGGAUACUUUUCGAAGACUCCUCGGGGAAUCCAAGCGAAAUCAUGAGUGGAACAUCUCGAUAAUCGUAAAAAAAAAAAAAGGAAAAGAAAAAAAGGAGGGCAGAGGAGAAGGAAAAACUACAAAACGAUCUAACGAUUCUAGUCAUCGAUGGUAUUUCUUGUUUGUAGAAGCAACUGAAAGGAACUCGAUUUCUCUUUCGACUCCGAAAUCCGACUCCUUUGACCAAAUUUUUGACCUUUUAAACAAAUUCUUUCGAAGAGAAAAGCGUAAUUACGUGACUCAGUUUAUCGUCGCUAAAAUCGGGAGAAAAGAAUUCGACUGACCCUUUGAGCGAUAAGUGGACUACGAUAACGGAAUACUGUUCCCUUUACAAAAUUUUCCGAAUAUUUCCUUUCGCAGGGAUAUCGAUUCUAUUAACGACUUUACGAAUGUUUUGAAAAGUUUUCUCAAAGAAAGAAGCGUAAUUCGAUAAUUUAAUUUAUCAUGGUAGAAUCGAGCGGAGAGAACGGAACAUCCCCUCUGAAUGAACUAUCGAUUAAACAGGUUACGAUGACGGAAACCUGUUCCCUUUGGAAUCUUUAUGUCACGAUAUUCUUUUAAAAAAGGAAGAGCGGUCAAAUGACUUCACCUAGUUUGGUAUUUUUAAGAAGAAAGAUGUUGUCCAACGUUCUGAUAAUUUUUUUGAGUAUUGCGCAGACGAUUUUAGGGAUGGAGGAUCAAAAUAUAUGUCCGAAGAAUAGAAGUUUGUUCGAGAUUCCUGGCGAUGCCGUAUUGUCUGUGUUCUUGAAUAUUAAUCACGGACCAUACUGUAACGCUACGAGCAGCACCGGUCUUCAGGAAGUCUUCACCGCUUCGUAUGUAGUGCAUCUUUUGAAUAAAUACGAAUCUAUUCCUGGACUUUCCUUAGGUCUAAAAAUCUUCGACACCUGCAACGACGAAACGACAGUGUAUAAACAAGCGUUGCAAACAACCGUGGAUACAGAGUGCACGAACCAUUACGAAAUGGGAAUACUAUUACCAUCGGAAUACGCGACGACGUUAGAGCCACUUCGUAAUUACAGCGUGUUGCCUAUCAGCACGUACAACGAGCAGAAUUUGACAAGGCCUUUGAUCAAUCUAAUGGUCCAUUACCUUAGCACUAGAUUCGAAACGAUCGACGCGCUUCUCGCUAAUCACGAUUUCGCGUUAAAUUUAUUUCUCGAUACAACGAAGGAGGCUGGAAUUUGCGUGGAAAGUUAUGGAGACACUUUGGAAUUGGAGGAAAGUGAAAGAGAAGUUGUGAUCGCUGUGAUCGGGCAGAGAAACGAUAUUCGACAAUGGAUCGAAAGAGGAGAAAAGAUGCAAGGAUCCAGAAAAACGUGGAUCGCGUUGCCGCUUGAUGGAUCGAACGUCGACGACCUAAUCCCUUCAGGUUCGUACGUCUUACGAACUUCGCCCUUUAACCUGGACUUGCUGCAGGAAAUCUCCUCGUCGGAUUUAUUUGUCGAAGCAGCGAGCAAUCCUGUAAUUCAUUCGCCACAUUUGCUUGGUAUCGGCAAAGCUAUUGCCGAGCUGGCUCAAUUACUGCAAGAUCUUCAGAAACGAAAUUGUCCUCGAGGGAUAGAGUCGUGCGCGAUGCCACGUUUCAAUCCGAAUUCGAAACAGGAAAUGCGAAACGUGGAUGUGUACAACGCACUCCGCAUAGUACCGAAAUCGCACUCAAUCAAGUAUAUCGUGGCAAUGAAGAGCCAGCAAGAGAUGGUCGAUAUGGCUGCUUAUAGGAUAGAGCCAGCGAAUUUGAAAUUCAGAAUCGCACCAGAGUCGAGGGUGCCGAAGAUGCCGAAGCUUUGUUUGAAGAAGUACGCGAAGAAUUGCGCGAGUUGCGCCAAUUUCAAGAUGAAAUUUGGCCCCCGUGGUGUGACCAAAGAUACACUCGACAGGGGUUUAUUAAAGACAGGCAACUGGAUACCAAUUUUCCUGACGGUGGUUGUGUGUGGUACGUUCGCCUGCGGCGUGAUUGCCGUCUUCAUUAUCUACCGCUUCAUCGUCGAGGACGUUCUCGAUGGCAAUCCAGCAUUAACGAUCGUUCUAAUACUGGCUAACGUGUUCACGCUGCAAACGGUGCUUCUGUUCUGCAUCAACGACGAUUAUUUAGGCGCUGAGCACCUUAACUCUAGGAAAAUCCUCGUAACCAGCCUCGCAUUCGGAUUGGAUUUCUCCGUUAUGCUUACCAGAGCAUUUUUCUUACUUUUUUCCAAGGGUGGCGUAUUUACCGCUCAUAUUAAUGGAUAUCUUCAAGGACUGAUGGUGUUCUUUAUGUUCUGCGUGCAACUCGCGAUAUCCAUUAUGUUCUUCGCUUUUAGCACCGAUGAUCCGGCCGUCGUUAUGAGAAGCUUGUUCUUCGUCGCUCUUUUAGGCUACGAUAUAUUUUUGCUGAUCAUCCUGUUCAUGGUGUGCUUCUUCAUCUUCCAACUGCCACGCAAUUAUCGCGAAGGAAAGUGUUUCUUCGGCACUUCUAUCGGGCUUUUAAUCGUCUGGGCCAUCUGGCUCACCUGUUUCAUCCUCGUCGAACCAGAAUGUCGUGACACUGUCGUGUCAUUUGGAAUUAUUUCGACGGCGUACCUGAUCAUUAUCGGUAUUCUGAUACCGAGGACCUAUUACAUGGUCACGCAUUUGGCCAGAGGGAAGAAAUUCGGACAGAGACUUGGAUCGACCGAUCUAGUACCCGAUCCCAGGAUCAAUACGAUCGUCAAGCAGAGUCGACCAUUUUACGAUUACGUGCACUCUGGCGGAGGAAGUAUGACGAAUUUACAGGUGACAUCCGCGUAUCCAAACUAUUAUGGAAGUUCAAGUCCAAAUCAGAAGUAUCUAGGCCAGAGUAGAAGUCCCGAUAUUCAAAGAAUUCCUGGAUACAACAAUUAUGGCUACCAUUCGGAGAUGCGAGAAGUGAAUAAUUCUUACACAGUACCCCAAGUCUGCAUCGAGGAUGCGGACUCAAGGAUGAGCCCCGUGGAUCGAAGCAACGCGAAUACGACAUACGCGCGGCCAAAAUGUCAGCGGAAGCCGAAGCCCAAGGACGACAAAGAUUGCAUCGAGACCAACGUGUACGUCGAGGGUAACGUUUCCACCAGCCGUAAAUCCCACGAUGAGAUCUAUCCUGCGCGACCCAGCAGCCCUAGGUUAACUCAAACCGAAGCAACCAUUUGUGAAGAAAACGAACUCGACGAAAUAACCAGAAUCACACGAUUUUAAUAUAACAAUCGCAUUAUAAAUAAUUUAAUCCACAACCGACCUUUAAUUUCGUUUACUGUCGUUUAAUUCGUUUUACGAUAAAAAGCGAUAAAGAUAGUCCUUUCGACUAUCUUAGAAUUCCAAUUAAUGGUUAAAUAUCGUACAGACGAUCGUAUUUCCAGUGAAUUAAACUGUUUCCAUUCGAUUGGUCGAUUUUUGUGGCUGCUGACUUCUUGAACGAGAAGAUAAAUUUUUUGAUCAACGAGUGCAUUUUAUCGUCUUACGGAAAUAUAAAAAUAAUAAAAUAAGUUUGGGUUGAUCUAUUACAAUAUAUGUAUAGAGAUGCGCAUCAUCGUGUGUCUGUAGCUUAGAAUUUAUAAUAAAUUCUGCUACUAUUUUUAGUAAAUUAGCAAAGAAUACUUUGUAUAGUUUUUAAUCGCUAUAUGUAUUAACUUUACGUUGUACGUCUGAAUCGCUCGUCAAUCGUCAAGAAACAAAAAAAAGAAUAAGAAAGUUGUAACGACCACGCUCUGCGACUAUAGCACGAAUACAUAACAGUGUUUCGUUUAUGACAA